AUUCUGAUGCCCACAGCACCACUUCGAGUGCCUCCCCAGCUCAGUCACCCUGUUACAGUAAUCAGUCCGACGAUGGCUCUGACACAGAGAUGAGCGCUGGGUCCAGCAGAACACCAGUUUUCUCCUUUUUAGAUCUCACGUAUUGGAAAAGGCAAAAGGUCUGCUGUGGAAUUAUUUACAAAGGGCGUUUUGGGGAAGUCCUCAUAGACACUCAUCUCUUCAAACCUUGCUGUAGCAAUAAAAAGUCUGCCACUGAAAAGCCAGAACAAGAAGGACCACAAUCUCCAGCAAUCUCCACCCAAGAGGAGUGGUGA